GGAUCUGAGGAGCAAUUCAUAGGAGCAGACGCACAGUGGAGGCCAGUGUGGUCCCUUAACGGGAAAUUCAUGCUAUCGCCGUUUGUUCAGCUGUCCGUUCAUUUAACACUGGAUAUUGAACAAUUACUCAACCUAUAGAAAACAAGCUUAGCCGACUACCAGCCGGAAUAACGCACACUGUAUGACCUUGCACUGAAUGUCAUUACAGGCGGAUUUUUUUUAAGCACCGACACGGUCAGCGGCCACAGCCAUGGAGAUUGUGACUCAUUUGAUCAAUGACACCAUAGAAUUCUACAAAUGGACCCUAAAUAUUGCAGACAAGCGAGUGGAGAAAUGGCCUCUAAUGGACAACCCCCUGCCCACACUGGCCAUCAGCACCUCCUACCUGCUGUUCCUCUGGUUGGGGCCCAAAUACAUGAAGAACAGAGAGCCCUUCCAGCUUCGCAAAACCCUCGUUGUUUACAACUUCAGCAUGGUCUUCCUCAACUUCUUCAUCUUUAAAGAGCUGUUUAUGGCAGCGCGGGCAGCAAGCUAUAGUUAUAUUUGUCAACCAGUCAACUAUUCAGACGACCCCAAUGAAGUCAGGGUGGCAGGAGCUCUGUGGUGGUAUUUCAUCUCUAAGGGCAUCGAGUAUCUGGACACGGUGUUUUUCAUCCUGAGGAAAAAAUUUAACCAAGUUACUUUCCUGCAUGUCUACCACCACUGCACCAUGUUCACGCUCUGGUGGAUUGGCAUCAAAUGGGUGGCAGGAGGACAGUCAUUCUUUGGUGCACACAUGAAUGCAGCAAUUCACGUCUUGAUGUACCUGUAUUAUGGCCUGGCCUCCUGUGGACCUAAGAUCCAGAAGUACCUGUGGUGGAAGAAGUACUUGACCAUCAUCCAGAUGAUCCAGUUCCACGUCACCAUCGGCCACACAGCCCUGUCACUCUAUGUCAACUGUGACUUCCCCCACUGGAUGCACUACUCCCUCAUCUGCUACGCCAUUACCUUCAUCAUCCUCUUUGGCAACUUCUACUACCAGACAUACCGCCGCCAGCAGCCCAGGCGUGAUGCCUCCUCCUCCUCUUCCUCCUCCAAAACAGGCAAGGCCCUCUCCAAUGGGACCCUCAAUGGGCUCAGCAAGGCUGCUAACGGAGCAGUGGUGAUGGGGAGCAAAGAGGAGAAGCCCCAGGAGAACUCUGGCAGAAGAAAGAGGAAAGGAAGGGCUAAAAGAGAUUAGAGAAAGAGGAGCGAGAGAGGAAGAGGUGAGGUAGGGUCUUUGGUUUGGUUCUAGGUUGAUAGUACUAAAACAUGAAAGACUUAAUUUGAGGAAGAUUUAGAUGGAUGGAUGCUUUAAAGUGUGACGUGUUUAUUUAAGCCAUGAUCUGAGUUGUUGUAGAUAAAUAUGAGACAGGCUUGUGUUGAGGAUCAUUCUGUUAGAGAGAGGUGUUAAAGGCCUUGCCUACAGUGACCGCUAUCACAAUUAACCCAAAAUAUAGUAGUGUAAGCUACGGGAUAGAACUUAGUAUUCCUUCUCUUUAUUGUGGUGCCAAGUACUGAUUCAAAAAGUGACUUUCAGCUACUAACAUCUGAGCCUGAAGAGGAAAAAGAGUUUACAGGCACAUUUGGCAUGCUGGGAAAGCUACAUUAAAAGCGCCUGAGCUGCUUGAUAAAGACAAUAUAUCAUUGUUAUUAGUGAUCACUGCUGUACUGAGACAGGAAUACACAUCAUAACACACGCACAAACAUGUCAGUUUAUUAUUUUAUGUUAUUAACCUUCACAGAUAUAAAACUGAUGAUAAUGUACAGUAUCAUGUUGUUUUUGUCCUCAUCUUAUUAUAGUUAUUAUUGAUAUUAUUGAAUACUGAUUAAUGUGAGAGAGACUUAAGUUUACAGUCAUUGUCUUACUGAGUAGGCACCUCUGCAAUUAUCCACCCAUUUGUUGAGUCGUCUUUUGAGUCGUCUUAUUUAUUUAUUUAUUUUUAUUUUAUUUAAGUUGUGGACUGAGCUGCCACUCACUUUUGAGCUUUCGCCCCGUUAGUACACAGUUCUGAGGAAGGAAAAUAAAUCAAUAAGCAGAGGAGUGAUGUAUGUAGAAAUAGAAAAAAAACCCCAAAACAAAACAGAUUUCCAACCCUUUGAGACUUGGAUGGGAUUGUUCCGUCACUGGUUUACGAUGGAAUAAUCAUCUACUGUAGUUCAUAGAAGGUAAAAUAUUUUUUUUUUCUAUUUCUGUAUGCAAACAUGAUAAGUUUUAUAUGUUCUUACUUGUAUGUAAUACAAUGUAAUGUGAUGAAUAUUAUCCAGAGAAAUGAUGGAUCUGAUGAUUAUCUCAGUGUUCCCCGUUUGGACGGAAAAGCUGGUGGAGUUUUGUCUUUGCAGAUGUUUACCUGUCUUUUUAUAUUAGAUCCUCUCAGAUGUUGUUGUUUGUCUUACACGCUGGUGAAAAUGUUGUGUGCCGAACAAAGAGGAAGUGGUGUUCUGGGUUCCCUUUUUUGGAGAAGUCAGAACCAGCUAACAGACAGUUUUUAUCAACUUAACUAAGCCUAUCUGAAGCACCAUUUAUUUCCCAUGUUCAGUCAAAUAUCUUUUUGUGUCUAAGUUUUCAGGCCUAAUCUGUGUCCUGAGCUGGCUUGAAUGUAAGUUUAUUUGGGGGGGGGGCUUGGAUUUAAAAAAGAUAAAGCUUAUGAUUUAUAUACAAAGAGAGCUGGUGAACCUCUAUAGUGACUGUGUAUGUUAUACCACUAUGAAGACUAACUGCUCUGCCUGUAAUAUAAUGGGUAAAAAUCAGCCAUCGGCUUAAUAUCAGCAAAUUCAGCUUUAUGUCCUCCAUCAACCAACGCAUUUUGAUGUUAUUUAUUGCUUCUUUCUAUUUAUUUUGAUGUAAAUACCAAUUUCCAUCUAACUGAGAGUGCUUGUCUGUGUAUUUGUGUUCUUUUUGUGUUGUACAUAUUACAUUGUGAUAUUUUGUACACUGCGCAUUUGGGAAUGUUCCCAGCUUGUUAACUUGGACAGUUGUACGUCCACAUUGUUUCUGUUUUUUUUUGUUUGUUUGUUUGUUUUUUUAAGUUAUCAUAACUUUGAACUCUCUUCAAACUGAAUUAAACUGAAUGCCUCUACAAAU